GGUAAGCCCAGGAAGCUUAGUGCGAUAAUCUGCAGAUGGUGUGCGAGGAGCUGUUCCUUCCUACGGCAACAUGAAGAACAGAUUCAACACCAUAGAUAUCCGAGCUGUCAUCGCAGAAUUAAAUGACAGCUUGUUGGGAAUGAGAGUUUACAAUGUCUAUGAUGUGGACAAUAAGACUUAUCUCAUUCGACUACAAAAGCCAGAUUUUAAGGCUGUACUCCUCAUAGAAUCAGGUAUAAGAAUUCACACUACAGAAUUUGAGUGGCCUAAGAAUAUGAUGCCAUCAGGAUUUGCAAUGAAGUGCCGGAAACAUUUGAAAUCCCGGAGGCUGGUCAGCAUUAAGCAGCUGGGUGUGGACAGGAUCGUCGAUUUCCAGUUUGGUUCUGACGACGCUGCGUAUCAUGUGAUUGUGGAGCUUUAUGACAGGGGCAACAUUGUUCUUACAGAUCAUGAAUAUCUCAUUCUGAACAUCUUGAGGUUUCGGACGGACGAGGCAGACGAUGUGAAGUUUGCUGUUCGAGAACGCUAUCCUGUUGAUAAUGCAAAACUUGCUGAGCCCCUCCUCACCUUGGAACGAUUAAAAGAAAUCCUAGGAAGUGCUCAAAAAGGAGACCAAGUGAAGAGGGUUCUCAAUCCACAUCUGCCGUAUGGUGCGACUCUGAUUGAGCACUGCUUACUGGAAGUGGGACUUUCAAGCAAUGUGAAAGCUGAACAGAUCACUGCGGACUCAGAUAUUGAGAAGGUUCACGACGCUUUAAAAAAGGCCGAAGAAUACAUGGAUCAAACUCUUAGUUUUAAGGGGAAGGGCUACAUAAUCCAAAAAAGAGAAAAGAAACCAAGCCUAGAAUUGAAUAAAGAACCCGAAGACAUACUCACAAAUGAGGAAUUCCAUCCUUUCCUAUUUGCACAACAUCGCAACAGUCAGUACAUGGAACUUGAUUCGUUUGAUAAGGCUGUUGAUGAAUUUUAUUCCAAGCUGGAAGGUCAGAAGAUUGAUUUAAAAGCCCUUCAUCAGGAAAAACAAGCCUUGAAGAAGUUGGAGAAUGUCCGUAAAGACCAUGUGCAUAGACUGGAAUCUCUGCAGUAUUCACAGGAAAUCGACAAAACCAAAGGAGAGCUGAUUGAAAUAAACUUGGACAUAGUAGACCGUGCAAUCCAGGUGGUGCGCAGUGCCCUUGCUAAUCAGAUCGACUGGAAAGAGAUUGGAACCAUUGUGAAAGAGGCUCAAAUUCAGGGUGACCCCGUUGCUCUUGCCAUCAAAGAACUUAAGCUGGAGAUGAACCAUAUCACCAUGUUGCUGAAAAACCCUUACACAUUGUCUGAAGAAGAGGAUGAUGAUGAAGAACAGAUGGAAGAAGCAGAAGAACCAAAAGGGAAGAAGAAAAAAGCAAAAAAUAAGCAACAGCCUAAGAAAGCUCAGAAGAACAAGCCAAUGCUGGUGGAUGUGGACCUCAGCUUAUCUGCUUACGCCAAUGCCAAAAAGUAUUAUGAUCACAAGAGACACGCGGCAAAGAAAACACAGAAGACUGUAGAAGCUGCAGAAAAGGCAUUCAAAUCAGCAGAGAAGAAGACAAAGCAGACACUGAAGGAAGUCCAGACAGUCAGCACCAUUCAAAAGGCCAGGAAGGUGUACUGGUUUGAGAAGUUCUUGUGGUUCAUUAGCUCAGAGAACUAUCUGGUGAUCGCAGGGAGAGACCAGCAGCAGAAUGAGAUGAUUGUGAAGCGUUACCUAAACCCUGGUGAUAUAUAUGUGCAUGCAGAUCUACAUGGGGCUACCAGCUGUGUCAUCAAGAAUCCUACAGGGGAGACCGUGCCGCCGCGCACACUAACAGAAGCUGGCACAAUGGCGGUUUGUUAUAGCGCAGCCUGGGACGCACGCGUGAUCACCAGUGCCUGGUGGGUCCAUCAUAACCAGGUUUCAAAGACGGCUCCAACUGGAGAGUAUCUGACUACGGGAAGCUUUAUGAUUAGAGGCAAAAAAAACUUCCUGCCUCCCUCAUACCUGAUGAUGGGGUUUGGAUUUUUGUUUAAGGUGGACGAGGCUUGUGUUUGGCGUCAUAAAGGAGAACGCAGGGUUAAAGUUCAGGACGAGGAUCUGGAAAGUGUGACGACCAGUAACUCUGAACUGGCAGCUGAAGAAAAUGAGCCUUUGGAGGAAGAGAGUGACGGCAGCAGCUCUGACGAUGAAAACAAACAGGAUACCGCAGACACAACUGACAGGACUAACUUGAAGUCAGAUACCGAGCAGCUAACCCAAUCCGUGAAUGAACUUGAAGAUCUGGCAGAGGUCAGAGAAGCAACGGGGUCGGAUGAAGAAAGCGAUGGCGAGAGUCCUCAUUCUACAGGAAAAGAAGAAAACGACGCUACGGGGCUCAGCUACCCCGACACUAGUAUAGACUUAUCUCAUCUCCAGGCAAAGAGAGUAUUGAAUAAAGUAGUUGCUCCAGAACCUGCCAAAUCAGCUGCGCAGCAAAAUGACAAGUCAGCUGGUUGGAAACAUAUGUCUGCUAAAGAGCGACGGAACAUGAAGAAAAAGAAUAAGCCUAAUGACCCAGAUGAAAAUGAACCAUUGGAGGAGACGAGGAAAGAGGAGAAACCUGAAACGGAAGUUUCCCAGAAUGCACCACAAGGUGUCGCUGGGCAGCAGCCAAUGAAACGAGGCCAAAAGAGUAAAAUGAAGAAAAUGAAAGAGAAGUAUAAAGACCAGGAUGAGGAGGAUCGAGAGCUAAUAAUGCAACUGUUGGGCUCUGCAGGAUCAAACAAGGAAGACAAAGGAAAAAAGGGGAAGAAGGGUAAAAUUAAGGAAGAAGUGGUAAAAAAGCAGCCCCAGAAAGCAAAGGCGGGUGGCAAGGGAAACAUUAAUAAGAAGGAGAGUCCGGUGGAUGUCUUUGUAACCCAAGAUAUUCAAGAGAUGACUUUAGAAGAUCAACAGGAUGAAAAGGAUGAUCAGGAGCAGGACCCACAAGCAUCAGAGGAAGCCGAGAACUUGCUGGAUUCCUUGACCGGGCAGCCGCACGCCGAGGACGUGCUCCUUUUUGCGGUUCCCGUCUGCGCGCCAUACACAGCGAUGACCAGUUAUAAGUAUAAAGUAAAGUUAACCCCAGGAACUAAUAAGAAAGGAAAAGCUGCUAAAACGGCUCUGAACAGCUUCAUGCAUUCAAAAGACUCCACGGCGAGGGAGAAAGACUUAUUGCGGAGUGUCAAGGAUACGGACCUGUCGAGGAACAUGCCUGGGAAAGUCAAAGUGUCUGCCCCAAACCUGCUCGCGAUGAAAAAGAAAUGAGAAGCACGGAUCUGCGCAGUUUGUGAGCUGAGGAUUGUCACUGUGGAUUAAUGGCCAAGAGGACUGUUGUAACGCAGACGUGAAUGUGGCACACAGUAAAACCCUUUUCAUUGUCAGAGGGGUGAGCAAUAAAUAGACCCGAAUCUCAGGUACUGGAAGAACGGACGAAAGCUGUAACAAUGACUCGGUAACUGCCAAAUAGUUCGAAAUAAUAGUUCUGCCAAUGCCUGGUGUCUGCCACCUGCCGCAAGCAGUAUGGCGGCCCGAUGUUCGUUUGUUUUCUUCAUCAGUGUAAUGGGAUGAAACAAAAUAAAUUUCUAAAGGGAAUAGGUA